AUGCGACUUCUCCCGAGAAGAGCCCUUGCUCACGAUCUUUCUCCGGGCUUCACAAUAUGCCGCAAUAGUACCAACCGGCUGCAUCGGAGACAAUUUGCGACUUCGCUUUCCCCUCCACCUCCGCCUGCUUCGGGACUCACGGCUUUGACAUCACGACGACUCAUCUCUGUCACUGGACCCGAUUCGGCAAAGUUCUUACAGGGGAUUAUCACAGCUAAUGUCACGACCAAGGAGGGAUUGCCGAGGAAUGAUGGGUUCUAUGGUGCUUUCUUGACUGCGACGGGAAGAGUUUUAUAUGAUGUCUUCGUUUAUCCUAAUCAUAAUGCGCCGGGAGCCUCACCCGAGGAGCCGGCGUAUCUGAUCGAGGUUGACUCCGAUCAUGCAUCAACGUUGGCAAAGCACAUCAAGCGAUACAAGCUUAGAGCCAAGUUAACAGUUCGUUUACUGGGAGAGGAUGAAGCGACUGUAUGGCAUGCAUGGGAUGACUCGAAUGGUGCGGAUUGGGACUCAAUCGUCAAGACGGCGAAUCUAUCUCUGCAAGAUCCACGAGCACCCGGGUUAGGAUAUCGACUUUUGCAGCUGGACCAGAAUGCGCCCCAGGUGGACCUUGAAAAGACUGCCGAGGAAGCUUACACGAUACGACGGUACCUCAACGGUAUUCCCGAAGGGCAGGAUGAAAUCUCUCGGGAACACGCUCUUCCCCAGGAAACAAAUAUGGACAUCAUGAACGGAAUCGACUUUCACAAGGGCUGCUACGUCGGCCAGGAGCUCACCAUCCGCACAAGACACCGUGGUGUAGUCCGCAAGCGAAUUCUCCCAUGUGUAGUUUACGAAAAGGAACACGCACCCCCAACAACACUACAAUAUCAUGCCGACGGCGCAGCCUCGUCCCUCGAGAGCGUAACUGCGGACAUGAUUCCACGGGACACAAGCAUCGGACGGUUCGAGAAGCGAGGACGUAGCGCGGGCAAGUGGAUCAAGGGAGUGGGCAAUAUUGGCCUCGGGCUGUGUCGUCUGGAGAUCAUGACUGAUGUGACACUACCGGGCGAUGCGGCUUCGGGGGCGUUUAAUCGUGAGGAUGAGUUUGUAUUGGACUGGGGUGAGGAGGAGAGCCGAAAUAGAGUCAAGGUAAAGGCUUUUGUGCCGGAGUGGUUGAGGAAGGGGCUCGAUGCUGAGAAUUCAAGGCAUCAGAAGUAG